GGUUGUGGUAAGAGGAACAGGAAGAGAGGAGCCGAGAGAGAGAGAAGGUGGAAAGGCAGACAGCAAGGGCGAGAGUUUGUCACGUCGGCAAGUGAAACCCUUCAUAGCAGUUUUUUUUUCUUCAUAAAGAUUUUGUCAAGACAAGUGUCAAACCAACAAUGCUGUGCUCUGUCUGUGGUGACUUCAGGAGAUGAUGCUUUGAAGGGACGAAUUUCAUAAGACAAAGGGUUUGACAGCGAGAUUAAUGGACUGCACAGAGAUCAAAGCUGAAAUGGCUGAAGAGGGGCUGCUGGAGCCUCUCGUGAUCACUGAAGAGGGAGACAUAACUGAGGCUGUUGUACAGAGCUUCAGCGGAGAGUCGGCUCUGAGAAAGGAAGAGGAGCACACGGGAGAGGACAAGAAUGAAAAUGAUAUAGUGAGUAAAAUGGGUUUAGAGGAGCAGCGCCUGGAAAAACAACACACCAGCACGGAGGACGACCGGAGAGAAGAGGUUGCUGUGGACAAAGAGGAUAAAAUGGAAGAUGAUAAACCGGUGGAAACUGAGAACAUGAACGAUGGACAGAACAGAGGGGAUAGUAAGAGUCAAGGGGAGACAGCGAUGAGGAUUAAUGAAAAUCCUGAGAAACCCAGUGACACACAAGAUGAAAAGGUUAUGGACAUAAAGAGGUUAAAUUCAUCUGAGCAACAACCUGAAGGGACGCAGAGCGAAGAGGAGGACUCAAAAAAGGCUCACCGGUUAACCCCUGACUUCCCAGAGUCACUGUACGAGCUGCUCUGCACUCUUCAGGAGGGGAGGCGGCUCAAUGAUCAGCGCUGCUCCUUCAGGCUGGAGAGCGGGAUGCGGAGGCGUCGGUGCCACUCUGAGCCCAAUGCAAGCAAACCGGCCAACAGAGUCGUUUUUUCCUCCAUGACUUCACUGCAGAGAGAGGAGUUUUUUGAGCUGGUGGCCACCGCUCAAGCCCGCCGGCUGGAUGACCAGAGGGCGCAGCUUGAAAGGUCACCACCGCCAAAACCAAAAGCCAGAAGUUUCAGAGGCAGCAUAAAGCAACUCUCUUUUGUGAAAAAGCCGACACCAGUUCCUGUGCCUAAAGAGGAUCUCUAUAAUAUGAUUCUCACGACACAAGCCCAGGGCAGGCUGGAGGACCAGCGCAGCAGGGCUCCUGGCCCCAUGGAUGAUGAGGACUUCUUCUCCCUGCUCCUGAGGGUCCAGGGGGGACGGAUGGAUGAGCAGAGGACUGAACUACCGUGCCUCCUGCAAACCUGAGAUGGAGAACAAAAAAAAAAAACUGUGGGGCUACUGUGGAAGCCAUUCCAGUAUUGCAGCCUUUUUAGUUUGAUUUCCUGCUAAAAGAGGGGUUGAGUUGACCCUGAUGAUGCUUUGUUUUAGGGAAUUAUUACCCCUCUUGAUGGUGUUGGUCACUGUUAAAGCUGUUGAGAUUGUAGCAAAAACGCUAAUGUUUGAGCUUUUAACAUGACUAUAGCAAUGUUCAUGAUGAGACUGAGAAGUUUACUUCUAGUUAGUUUGUAUUUUGAUUCAUCCUAGUAAAUAGGAUGAGCAGAUAUUCUUUCUUAUUGCCAAAUGUUGCAUUUUAGUGAAUGUCUGCAAUGAGUGGUCGACUGGUUUUGUGUGUGUUCCUGUUCUCAGUUUGGAGGAGGCGGGCCACCCAUCUCUGUUGUUCUCCUUUUUUGUACAGUUGACAUUAAACACACCAGGAAUGGUGUUGAGGAGAUAGAACCUCCAGGGCCACAGAGCACUUGACUGUAUAUGGAUUAUUCUCCUCGAAAAAUAAACAGAAUGUCUGUCUGA